AUGCAAAAAUUUGACUGGACGUCUGCCAUUGAGCUAAACUUCAUGGCUUUACGCAUUGUAGAAGAAAAUGGGAAACUGUACAAAUUUAAUGCCUACACAGUCUACGCCAUAUUCAACGCCAUUAUUUUAAUCGGCUUACACAACUUGUCUCAAAUCGCCAACAUCUUCGUCGUUUAUACGGAUAUGACAACCUUGGUCUACACCUGUUUCAUCUUAAUUAUAAACGUUCUCGCAGUGGUAAAAACGUGUUUUUUCGCACGUAACUUGGGGAACAUGAAAAAGCUCUUCCGGAUUUUAAACAGCCAUCAGUUUCAGCCGAAAACUGAAAAACAAGUGAAAUUAGUCCAACCCAUAUUGAAACGGUGGAAAACGUGUUAUAUUUGUUGGGGGGUUUUCAUGGGUUUUUGUAUCCCGUUGUGGGUAAUUGGCCCUUUUACUGUAAGUGGACGGAUGCUAAUUAUGCCUGCUUGGUGUCCAUUUUCUCUGGAAAAAAACUUCAACUAUGCUAUGGCUUACAUUUAUCAAGCCGUAUGUUUCACUUACUUGUCUGUUGGAAACAUAAAUGUGGACACGAUGGUUUACGGACUCUUGAUGUACACUAACAUACAGUGUGACCUUUUGUGCGACAAUCUGGCAAAUCUUGAUGGUAACGCGGAAGAAUUUAACACGAAGUUGAUGAAUUGUGUGAAACAUCAUGAAACUAUUUUGAGUUUUGCUGCCACAGCUAAUUCAAUUUUUGAUUUAAUAGUUCUGGGCCAGUUUGCCACUAGCGCCCUUACCAUUGCUUUAAGUUUGCUUCAGCUUAGUUUGGUUGAUCGUUUCGAUGCGGUAGCUGCCGUUACUUUGUUUUAUAUUUUAGAUCUUGCAGGACAGCAAUUUUUUUAUUGCUGGUUUAGCAAUGAAGUGGAAAUGAAAAGCAGGAAAAUUCCUUAUUCCAUCUUCAGCUCCCAGUGGAUUGAUAUUUCCUUUCAUGUUCGCGAGUUUGGAAAUUGA